AUGCCGUUGUUUGCAGACCCGGAAGGCAAUGGGGUCUGCAGUAAUGACUCCCUGCCCGAGUGCAUGCAAACCCCAGAAGGAUUCUACCAGUACUUUCUAGUCGAGGUGUGUCCGAACCAUGCAUACGGCUGGUAUAGUCACACAGAUGAACGCCGGAAAGUCACUCCUCCCUACCCUAGGGGUAAUUGGGAUGGUGAUGACGGGACUGGAAUUUUCAACUUGAAUGUUCAGAAAGGGUACUCAUUUUUCCACUCCACAACCGUCUUCCACCUUCCCAAGGAUGGAUGGUAUAAGAAGGACUAUCAUGCAGAGAAACCUGUAUGGUUUCCUCCAGUGAAUAAUACGAAUACUCACAGUUGGUUGAGCGAAAAUCCAAAAGCUGUCUUGCUUGCGUUUCCCCUCCCCAAGUCCUAUGUGGAAACUCCGUACUUAGGACUGGACCCAACGCUCCUAAUUAGGGCGCUGUACUUUCCCAUGCAGUACAGUGACGCUCACUACCCAAAAAUGAGCAGACUGGGGCAGAUUCUCUUCUACAAAAAGGACAAUCUAGACCUUGACGAAUUCGGAAAACGUUGGUCGGCGAUCAAGGACGGCAAGACAAGCAGCCAGCAGCUGUCAGCAAAGACGUUCGGGCUAGGCUAUAUGCCCUAUUGUCUAAUAAUAGACUACUGGCCAGUUAUUAUGUCACUUGGCAUUCCAAGGGAUAGGAUUGGAGAGCGAGAUCAUCCAUGCUAUGACUAUAUCAAAAUCUGGAACCCAAAUACGGUUGGAUUUGACUAUGGACUGGACUGCUGGCGUGUGGAACCCAAGGAGUCCGGGAAGCGCUUUUGCUGGCUGGACUACUAUCACUCGGUCAACGAUGGGAUAAGUUACGAGUUCAAGCCAGCAGAGAAGUCGCAAGCAAUAGAAUGGGUGAAGGGCUUGGGAUCAGAAGCCCUAAGCCUCGUUCCAGUUGUUGGACCGCUCAUGACCAUUGCCUGGGACGUUGCAGUCAAUGCAAUUGCCAAGCCGGAUGAAUUCUCUAAACUCGCUGGUCUUAAAUCUGAUGCGAUAGGGCUGUUAAAUAUUCAGAUCGAGAUCUUUAAAAACCUUUUUCCCGGUGGACCCUCCGUUUCUUACACGAACAUUCAAGAAUCACCAUAUAUCGACGGCCGUCUGAUUAUCCACUCCCAACUCUAA